AUGCCCCGGCUUCUGGGCUCACCGCAUCUCACCGCUUCCCACGCCGCGUCACCGCGACUUCCGCCUUCCCAAGUCUUCGAAUCGCGCGCUUUGAUUGCGUCAGGCGGAUGUCUAGGCGGACAAUGGGGUAAAACUCUCCGCCGCGGCAUUAGCACGGAGAUUGACUGGGGGAACCGCGGAAGGCAGGGCAGUGCGGAGAGCUCUGCGGGGCGGAGUUGGGUGGAAGGGCGGAGCAGGCGGAGAGGGGUGUGUUGCGCAACGGGGACAGGGGGGAAGGGAUUCGGAGGGGGUCAGGGGAUUGGGGAGAGCGCAGGCGGGGCCAAAGGGAGCAGUGCAUCAAAGAAGGAAGACAAGAAGCAAGAGAGCGGCGCGUUUGGGGGCUUGGACUGGAGAGAAGUGGCCCGCCCUGCUCCUCCCAUGCUGGAUCUGUCCAAGCCACGGGUGUAUUAUUUCGCCCUCGCCAAUGCUUACAGCCUCAUGGACAAGGGCGCGUUGCUAGAGGAGGUGCUAGCAGACGGCAUCAGGAGAAGCCAAAGGGGUGGGCGCGCGCGUGACGUGUGGAUGGUGAUGGAGCCGGCAUUCCUGGACCAUCCAUCCCUGGCAUCACUCAAGGCGGCCAUUCGCCCGCCCACUGCUGCAAUUGUCUCCACCAAUGGCGACUGGAUGCUCACCAUUGUGCACGAAAUGCUGCCGCAGGCUACCAUAGGCAAGUUCUACGCCCCAACACCACAAUUGCCUGACCCGCUCAAGUCCAAGCUCACUCCAGGGGACGUUGCCCUGGGUGGUGGGGGUAUCUGGCACUGA